CACCGAGCAAGAAGCCAGGAACCAGCUCAAAGUUAUUCGUCCAAGAACCCCACCCCACUCCCCGAAUAGAAAUUUCGUCUUGGAGAGCCACCAAUGGCUUGUUCCACUGCAUCUUUAGCGGCGACGCUGCUGGCGUUCGCGCUGAUGUUCCAGGCCUGCGUCGCGGGGAGGCGGAGGCUCACCGCGCUCGUGCAGGAGCCGGCCAUCACCAUGAAGUACCACAAGGCCGCGCUCCUGUCGGGCCCCAUCGCCGUCAACUUCAUCUGGUACGGCGACUUCACGGCGCCACAGCGGGCGGUGAUCACCGACUUCGUCUCGUCGCUGUCCGCGGCCCCGCGGGCGGCGGCGCAGUCGCAGCCGGAGCCGUCCGUGUCCACGUGGUUCAAGACGGCGCGCAAGUACUACGACACCUCCAAGGCGCGUUUCCCGGCGCUGCGCCUCGGCUCCCACGCCGUCGACCGGAACUGCUCCCUCGGCAGGCGGCUCACGGAGCGGGACCUCCUCAGGCUCGCCGCCAGGGGGGCACCGAGCCGCGCCAUCAACCUGGUGCUCACGGCCGCCGACGUGGCCGUGGACGGGUUCUGCGCGUCCCGUUGCGGCACGCACGGCGCGUCCCCGCGGUCCCGCGCCGGCCGGUUCGCGUACGUGUGGGUGGGCAACCCGGCGUCGCAGUGCCCCGGACAGUGCGCGUGGCCGUUCCACCAGCCCGUCUACGGCCCGCAGGCGCCGCCGCUCACGCCCCCCAACGCCGACGUCGGGGUCGACGGCAUGGUGAUCUCGCUGGCGUCCAUGAUCGUCGGCACCGUCACCAACCCGUUCGGCAACGGGUUCUACCAGGAGGGCUCGGCCGACGCGCCGCUCGAGGCCGCCACGGCGUGCGCCGGCGUGUACGGCAAGGGCGCGUACCCCGGCUACGCGGGGGCGCUGCUGGUGGACCCGGCCAGCGGCGCCAGCUUCAAUGCCAACGGGGCCCACGGGAGAAAGUACCUGGUCCCGGCGCUCGUGGAUCCGGACACGUCGUCGUGUGCCACCUUGGGGUAGAUUUCGCGGAUCGUAAAUUAGUGUUUGCGAUGUGGCGGUGGUAGUGCUGUGGAGAGUGUUCCACGCGGCUAAAAGUUUGUGCUAAAGUAGUACUGACCAGGUUGCAUUAUUUCAUUUGUUCAAUGAAAAUGAAGUAUUUUCACGCA